GCCGAGGUGAACUGGUUCUCAGGCGAACAGCUGGUCGGUAUUAGGAUUAAAAAUAAACAUAAUUGAUUUUCUGCCCGAAAGUAUACGUAAACGCGUAGUCGCUCCCACCUGGUAGUGCACCCGAGUAACCGACUUCCAAUACUCACGGACAGUGAUGGGUUCCGACGACCAGAGUGCCGGGGACCGGAUUCAGAAGGGAUUUCAGAUCAACUAUAUGAUUCUGCGGGACGCCGACAGUGGGAAGAUUAUAUGGCAAGAGAACAAGGACUUUUCAGCACCGGAUCUGGAGCACGAGGCUCGGGUGCCGGUAAAGAUAUUGGACAUGCGAGCGGUUUCCCGGGAAAUUAACUUCAGCACCAUUGAGCCCAUGGAGAACUUCCGACUCGACCAGAAGGUGCUCUUCAAGGGCCGCAUUAUGGAGGAAUGGUUCUUCGAGAUGGGGUUUGUGGGCGCCAACACUACCAACACCUGGCAGUCGACAAUCGAGGCAGCGCCCGAGUCCCAGAUGAUGCCCGCCAAGGUCUUGAAUGGCAAUGUGACGAUCCAAACCAGUUUCUACGACAACGAGACACUCAUCACCAAAUCGGUUGUGCGCCUGUACUACAUUUAGGCGACUGUGAGUCAUCUGCCCGCGACCAGGUGUUCUCCCAUCCAUUCACGCCUUCUGGAUCUUCUCCACACAUACUUCGCUUUAGAGAACUUCUGCAUUUCUAUGCAAUUGUUUGCGCGUUUAUUACCUAGUUGUAGUCUAAUGCAUUUUAAUCUAAUUUUACAUUUACCACAUUAAUUUAUUAAUAAAAAAUUAACAAUUUGAGUGCGCAUAAAUCAAGGAAUGUGUUAGCACGAGCGCAACAAGGCAUGCUUAUGUACAAAUCUUUUGUAGACUGUCAAAGGUGGACUAAAAAUAGCUAUAAAACAUUGUGUCAUUUGAGAAAAUAUAUUUGAAUCUAAAGAUC